UUGAGGGAACAAUACAUGCGGUGUUAUUUCCAGGGUAAACCCCAGUUAUUACAUUACCCCGCGAAAUCUAAAUUUGGCCGCGAGUAAGUUCGGCGCAAGAAGGACCGAGAUUGAGAACCAUCUUGGAAUAUGUAUAUUACCAUGUGUUUGCCCAGACUUGGAAUUAUGCUUGAGAGAUAGGCUGCGGUUGAAUCUUCCAAUUUGUUAAGAUGUAUGCUUUAGGCUUAUUUGGGCUUGCUGCGCUUGCUGCGGCGGUCCCGCUGGAGGAGCGCGCGCAGAAGCCGAAGAGCUUUUUGCAGAUGACGGGGAAUCAGACUUGGAUUUUGGGAAACGAGAUCUGGAAUGUUACGCAGGGAGCGCAGUAUGGGACGAAGCUGUGGUAUAAGGGGAAGGAUAGGGUGGGGGUGGCUGCCGGACAUUAUGUGAGCUACAAUGGCGCUGCGUCAGACAUUAGCUGGUCAUCCGCGUCCAUUGUUGAAUCGGGAACCGAUUGGAUCAACGUCAAGUUCACGGCAAACGAAGGAGAUUUCCACUGGGUCAUCUACGAUAAUCUCGCUGGCGCGUAUCAGUACUUUGUCAACCGCGAUCUUCCUACACUGGGCGAGUUCCGCACUCUGUGGCGGCUUGAUAAUACCUCAUUCCCGCGCGGCCAUACCAAUGUCAAGGAUGGGGUCCUUCCGUCUCUAGACGAGUACAACAAUGCGACCAAUGUGCAGGAUGAGACGUGGCAGAAAGCAGAUGGCAGCUACUUGACGAAGUAUGACUGGAGUGCUAACGUCAGGGAAAAUGAUUUCCACGGCGUUUAUGGCAACGAGGUCGGAAGUUGGUACUUGAACCCUGGGAAAGACUACUUCAACGGUGAUCAGACCAAGCAGGAGCUCAUGGUCCACCGCGAGUCCAAAACCGGAGAUGCCGUUCAACUCAACAUGGUCCACGGCACCCAUUACCAAGCCAUAUCCCGUGACGAAUUUGCGCCCGGCAAGACCUGGGGACCAUGGCUGUGGUACCUAAACGACGGCUCCGUCUCUGACGCCACAACCCGCGCCCAGAAAGAAGAUGCUGCGUGGCCAUACAAAUGGUUCAAAGAUACCGCUUAUCAAUCCCGCGGUAAAAUUCAAGGCCGCCUUGUUCUCAGCGACGGACGCCCCGCAGCAGGCGCAGCCGUCUUCCUGGGCGACAACAACAACGCGACCAUCUCCACCCUCGACCAGGGCCAGGGCUACUACUACACCACAUACGCCGACGCAAACGGCCGCUUCGCCAUCGACGCCGUCCGCACCGGAACCUACGGGCUCUACGCCUGGGGCAACGGCGGCGCCAUCGCCGACGUGACUACGAACUUCACGCAAAACGACAUCGUCGUCCGCAACGCAAAGGGCACCAACCUUAAAGACGCGGUCUGGAAAGUAACCAGCCAGAAGAAGCGUAUCUUCCAAGUUGGUGCUUUCGACCGCAAAACAGACGGCUUUGCGCUCAGCGGCCCUACGCCUUUCGAACACGGACGCAUCGCAAAGUGCCCUGCAAGUUUGACUUACACCGUCGGAUCUUCCAGCGACGAAGAUUGGUGCUUCGGCCAGUCUGCCCUCGGGACAUGGAGCGUUGUAUUCCCCGUCGCACUCCCGGCUAACUCGUCAUCCAACGGCACUGCUGCGAAACUCACCGUUUCGCUUGCGGGCUUCUCGCAGGGGAGUAGUGCGGACUUUUUGCUUAACGGCGCGAAGGUCGGGAACGUCACAAGUGCCAGUUUGACUAAUAGCCAGGAUACGUAUCGUGGUGCGACGAGGUCGGGCGAGUGGAGAUUGUUAGAGUUUCCGGUCUCGGCGGCGGGGUUGAAAGAUGGGGUGAAUACGUUGGAUGUUACGGUUACGAGGAGUACACUUUGGAGGGGAUGGCUUUGGGAUAGUCUGGUGUUGGAGUGGGUGUAGGGUG